UGUUUUCCCGUUGAAACAUCGAACAAGUUUGGGUUGGCAGCACAAUCAUCCAUCCAUCCAUCCGUGGCCUUGGUUGGUCAAGCAUGCCCACGGAGCCCCCGCCGGUUUACGACGCGUUGGUAUCGCCCCCACAGCAAGACGGGGGGGAAACUCCGUUGUCAAACAUCAUCCGUUCGAAUCAACCAACCAGUCGCCCGGCCACGACCUCGUCGGCGCCCAUCGAAGCUGCGGAUCGGCGCCGCAGGUCUAGCGGAACCAAUGGCGGCGUCUCCACGGGCAAGCUGAAAAUCCAAUUGAACGACCACAAGAAGAGAUCAGUGGAUGAUGCGCAUACCAAGUACCGCCCCGAUUUCAAGUUCAAUAUGGAGCUGGCCCUGCGCACGGCCGUGGGAGUCGUCUUGGCCUCGUUGGUGCUCACCAAAAAUACCGACUCGACUGCUCUCGUGACUGCCACGUCACGCACAAAGCAGUGGUAUUUCUUCCCAGAAUGGUACAUCCUGGGGGGGUUAUCGUACGUUGCUACUGCUACUGUGUUUGGGUGUGGCAAGAACAUUGGGUCGACCAUUCGCGAGCUAUUCCAGCAGAUCUCGGGGGUUGGCCUUGCGUUACUGUACAACUUGCUCAUUUUUUCAUGCUUUGAGCCCCAAGUGUUUAAUACCAAGGCCGAAUUGGAGCUAGCCAAAGUCGAUGGCACCCUCACUCGUAUCACGAAUUCAUUCAGCGGCACUCCGUACUAUGUCCACGAGGGCGACUUUUUUACGAUUUUGCCGUUUAUUAUGCUCUUUACAAUAGUCGCGUUGGUGUUGCCACUGGUACGUUCUACUUGCUGUCGUUUGUACUUUUCAUGUUGGUAAUUUAUAUGAUAGUGGUCGCAUUUUAUCAAUUGCGAUUGGACACUUUUUUCAUUAUUGUCCUAUCAGCCAAACCUUGGAUUUAUGUGCUGAUUCACGAAAUCCAUCCAUCGAUCGAAUUAAAAGUAGUACCUAACCACUAUGUACCGGUAGAGUAACGUCCAGUUUCACACGAAUAUAUAAGCUAUACCCCUAAUUCAAUGUGGAAUGGUUGAAAAGGGAGUUUGAUUGGCCACUUGAUUAUUGGUCUGAGUUUGGAUUGGUCAAUUGAUUGUCGAUCGAUUGGACAAUGUGUUGUGGCGUGGUUUCUCGUU